AUGGAUAUGUUCAGUCCUCAUGCACAGAGUACCAUUGAUUCCAUAGCAGGAACUAGUACCGAGGCAGCAAACACUGAACAAAUAGUAGAAGAUGAAUAUGUUGAGGAAACAGCAGGAUUAUCCACUGAAGAACAAGGAGAACUGGGGCACCCUGAAUCCCCAACGGAACAAGUGAUUGCAGAUAUUUCAGAGUGCCAAAUUGAAGUGUUAGAUCCAUCAUUCAAUUAUUUUACUCGUCCAAAUAGAAAUCAACUUGCUGUCUUUUUUAAAUACCAUCCACAGCAGGAAAUUCCCGAUCCAGUGUUAAAAAAAUCUGUAAAGCGAAAAGAUGGAACAAUCCGUAAAUGGCUCUCGUACUGUAAAAUAAAGAAAGCGAUGUUUUGCUCUGUUUGUCUGGCUUUUUUAAAGUCACAUGAAACAAAUUCUUUCAUAGAAGGAAUGACCGAUAAGCGCCAUGUUCAUCAAAGAAUUGUUGAAGAGCAUGAGAAGAGUGCAAUGCAUAAUGUGUGUGCUGAAGCUUUUUUUCUGAAAUCCAGUAGUGUUGGUGUCGACGAUCUACUUUUGUUUAAACAAAUGUCUGUAAGGCGCGAGCAAGUCAGAAACAGGCGGCAAGUACUGCAUAGGGUAGCAGUCGUUGUAAAAGUGAUAGGAAAGCAAGGGCCGAGUUAUAGGGGAGAUAAAAAUGAGGCUGCAUUCAACUUAGAGGACAUAACGAAAGACCAUGGAAAUUUUUUAGAGCUCAUUCUUCUUCUUAGUAAAUAUGACAUUUGUCUAAAAGAUCACGUGAACAAAUGUAUUGAAAAUAGUAAAAUAUUGCAGCUCUCCGGAGGUAAAGGAAGAGGAUCUUUGGUAACCCUGCAAUCUAAAACAACUGUUAACAAAGUAUUAGAAAGUAUCUGACUGAUCAUCCAGGAAAAUAUAUCCAAUGAAGUAAGGGAAGCUGGCAUGUUUUCGAUUCAAGUUGCUACGACUCAAGAUAUCACCUCCAAAGAUCAAUGCUCGAUAAUUGUUCGUUAUGUGAAGGAGUGCAUCAAGGAGAAGCUACUUGCAAUUGUAGAAUGUGAAUCUUCGACGGGAAAAAAUCUAUUUAAAUUGGUAAUGGAAGUCUUAAAAUCAUGCAAACUUGAAAUCACUAAAUGCAUUGGCAGUUCGACGGAUGGAGCAGCAAAUAUGCAAGGUCAAUAUAAUGGUUUCUCUUCAUGGCUGUCAACUGAAUCACCAGAGCAAGUUCACAUCUGGUUCAAUGCACACAUACUGAAUUUGGUACUUGCAGAUACUACGAAAGUAGUGGUUGCAAGUGCAUCACUAUUUAGUUUGUUGAAUGACAUUGCAGUGUUUAUUCGUGAUUCUUACCAGCGUAUGAAUACCUGGGAGGAAGUUAGUCAAGACCCUCACCAUCGGAGAAUUUCAGUAAUUGGAGAAACUCGCUGGUGGUCAAAAGAUGCUGCAUUAAGAAAAGUUUUGGGGGAAUUUUCAAAUCCUGAUUCUGCUUUGUUUCUCAGUUUAAUUUACACUUUGAGCAAAAUUGAAGAAAGUGUCUCAUCAAAACCUGAGGUGCGUGUUAGAGCGAAAGCUUAUGCAGAAUCCCUGCUCAAAUAUGAAAGCAUUCUAACAGCUCAAAGUUUUUUGCGAAUAUUUGAAUUGACCACACCUUUGUCUAAAUAUCUGCAGACAAGCCAAAUGGACAUAUCUAAAGCUGUUCACAUGGUACAGGGAACAUAUUAA